AUGUUUAUGGCCUCAAAGCUCUCCUUGGAUAUGAAUGACUAGACAUUCGUUAGAUCUCUUUUCAAAAUCUAGAAAAUGAUGGUAAAAUUUAAAUUAAUUAAAAAUAAUAAUAAAAUAGAGUUAUGGUGUCAUGGUGGUGAUGUGUCAAAAUUUUGAGUGUAUGAAAGGAAUAUCAAACAAUAUCCAUGGUCUCAAAGGUUCUCCUAAAAAUGGACAAUGUGAGUAAUCUCUAGAUCUUCUUGUAAAGUCUAGAAAUAAAUCAAGUAGGUUGACAAAUUAUCUUUGGCGAUUGUCACCUUACGAAACAAAAAAAUGACAACUUUACAAAUCUUUGACAACUAUGACCCAAUAGAGAUAAGUAUGAUGAAGGUGGGGGUACCUCUUAGGAAGCUUCAUCCUCAGGUAUGCAUAGCAUGAGGAAAUUUUUCAUCGCAUUUGGUACAUUCUCAAGAGGUGACAACUUGUCUCCUGAUGGAUCGCCUUCCUUUCGACGAUGACUUGUUGACAUGACUUAGUCAUUGUAUAGUAAAUCACGUAAAUUUAAAAUUUACAAAACUAGAAAAUACGAAUUUUUAGAUAUUUAGAAGUAUUUAUGAACAAAUAUAUCAAUUAUAAUUCAAUAAAACUUCUAGAAAUAGUGGUAAUUUUCCAAGUUGAUUGUGGGGAUGUAAUAUAAUAUCAGGUAAUUAUUCAAAAUUUUUCUCAAAGAAUACUAUUUUCUAUGAAUUUUACAAUAGAAAAUAAAAAUAAAAUAUAUUUAAAAUUUACAAAAAAAGAAAAUAAGGGUGCGAAUGUCAAGAUGAUGUCAGCACUCGGCGAACGCAAAUCGGGUGGAAACAGAGUUUCAUCAAGUGAUUCUUAUGUAAGUGAUUAUAUACGAUUUAAUUGAUCAAAUUAAGAUCUGUAAAAACUGAAAGAAUCGUAAUUGAAUGAAGUAUAUCUUGGUAAAUUUAAAUCACACAAAUUAUCACUAAAUGAAAUGAAAACUAAGUUGAAAGCAGUAAAACAGAGUUGCAACGUCACGAUGGCGAUGCGUCGGCGAUGCACUGGAAUCCUGAGCAUUUGGGAGGAUCGUCAUACAGUGUCCACAUCCUUAAAGGCUCUCCUUGGACAAGGGCAAUGUGGGCAAUCUCUUGAUCUCCUUGCAAAGUCUAGAGAUCAAUGAAAUAGGUCGUCGAACCAUCUCUGAUGGCUGUCACCCGGCGGAGCGGAAAAAUGACAACUUUGCGGCUCUCCGGCGGCUGUCACCCGAUAGAGAGUAGCUGGAUGGAGGUGGGGCGCGUGUUAGGGAGCUUCAUCCUCAAGUCCACGCAACAAGAGGAGGCUCUUCAUCGCAUUUGGUAUGCUCUUAGGAGGUGUACUCUUAGGAGGCAGCAAGAGAUCUAGUGAAUGCCUAGGGCAUCUAUGUUUAAGGAGAACUCUUAAGGUUGUGGACAUCAUACAAUAACCAUCCUAAACAUACAAAAUUCCAAAGAUCAUUGUCGCAAGGUUGGAACUCUAUCUUUUCUACUUUUAAUUUAAUGAUACUUUGUGUGAUUUCAAGUUUUAAAACUCUUCUUUAUUAAAUUAUAAUUAUUCUAAUUUUUAUAGAACUUAUUUUAACUAAUUAAAUCGUUUGUAAUCACUUAUGUAAGAAUCAUUAGAUAGAACUCUAUUUCUAUUCAAUUCACGUUCAUCGAAGUGCUAACAUCAUUCUGAUGCCCGCACCUUGUUUCUCUUUUUCAUGAAUUUUAAAUAUAUUUUAUUCAUUGCUUAAUUUAAAAUUUAUUAAAAAUUGUAUUCUUUGUAGAAAUUAUAAAAUAUUACCUGAUAUUAUAUUGCAUCCUAGUGAUCGAUGUGAAAAAAUCUUACUUUUGAAACUUUUCUUGAAAUAUAAUUGAUAUAUUUUUUCAUAAAUAAUUUUAAAUAUCUAAAAAUUAGUAUUUUUUAGUUUUAUAAAUAUUUAAAUUUGCGUGAUUUAUUUUAUAAUAACUAGGUCACGUCACUGUGUGAAUCGUGUUAAUGAGAUUUUCGCCAAUGAUUGAGCGAUUCUGAUGACUUAAUCAUUCACUAAUAGUCUAGAAAAAAUAUGAUUUAAUGAGACAAAAAUAUGAGUUUUGACUCUUGUAGGAUUUAAACCCUUAUUGAUCGCCUACCUAUAUGAGAGAGUGUGAAAUAAGUAGGUAAAUAUCGUUAUAAAGUGGUGACAUGACUUAGUCAUUUUAUAGUAAAUCACACAAAUUUAAAAUUUAUAAAACUAGAAAAUACGAAUUUUCAGAUAUUUAGAAGUAUUUCUGAACAAAUAUAUCAAUUAUAAUUCAAUAAAACUUCCAAAAAUAGCGGUAAUUUUCCAGAUCGAUCAUAGGGAUGUAAUAUAAUAUAUGGUAAUUAUUUAAAAUUUUCCUUAAAGAAUACUAUUUUCUAUAAGUUUUAUACUAGGAAAUGAAAAGAAAAUAUAUUUAAAAUUCACAAAAAAGGGAAAUAAGGGUGCGAAUGUCAAGAUGACAUCAGAUCUUGGUGAACGUGAAUCAGGCGAAAACAGAGUUCCACCCGGUGAUUCUUACAUAAGCGAUUACAAACGAUUUAGUUGAUCAAAUUAAGAUCUGUAAAAGCCAGAAGAAUCAUAAUUGAAUGAAGUAUAUCUUGGUAAAUUUAAAUCACAAAAUUAUCACUAAAUAAAGUGAAAAGUAAGUUGAAAGCAAGAAAACAGAGUUUCGGCAUCACGGCGGCGAUGCGUCGGCGAUACACCGGAAUCUUGAGCGUUUAGGAGGAUCGUCAUGUAAUGUCCACAGCCUCAAAGGCUCUCCUUAGACAAGAACGACGUGGGCAAUCUCUAGAUCUCCUUGCAAAGUCUAGAGAUCAAUGAAAUGGGUCGUCGAACCAUCUUCGGUGGCUGUCACCCGGUGGAGCAGAAAAACGGUGACUUUGCGGCUCUCUGGCGGCUAUCACCCGAUGGAGAUGAGCUAGAUGGAGGUGGGGCACGUGUUAGGGAGCUUCAUCCUCAAGUUCGCGCAACAAGAGGAGGCUCUUCAUCGCAUCUGGUACUCUCUUAAGAGGUGGCAGAUCGUCCUCUUCCCAACGACGGCUUGUUUGUCGAUCAAUCGGAGAUACUUUACUCGAUGGAUUUGUGAUCCUUUUAUCGCAAAUAGUUCAAUAAUUUUAGUAACAAUGCUCCGCGAAUCACAUUGACGAGAUUUUUGCUGAUGAUCCAACAAUUUUAGUAACAAUGCUUUACUCGAUGCCCCUAUCGGUCCUAGUCACUCGAGCCCUUGCUUGCGGCUCCUCCCCGACUGCACUUCCGACCCACUUGGGGGCCCGGCUGGCUGGCGGCUCCCCCUCAUUUUGUUUUAUUUUUAUUUUUAUUUCUUUUUCUUCAUUUAUCUCAAAAGUAAGACUGUAAAAAUCAUAUAAAUUCGUAUAAAAUCACAUAAUUACCCAAAAAUUCACAUUAAUCAACUAAAAACCACUUUUCACACUUUAACACAAAUAUAAGUCUAUUUAUCAUGAGUUAAGGCUAAAACUAUAUUAUUUACUAAUUAUUAACUCAUGAUAAUGAAGACUUAUCAAGUGACAUCAUAUGGGUAUUUCCUCAUAAAUAAAGGAUAUUUUUAGGUAUUAAAAUAAUUAAAAACUUUAUGAGAAGGUGUGACACUAAUUUAAUCUCACAUCAGUUAUUUCUCAAAUUUUGAGACGAAUAUAUAGUAAGAUGAGAUUAUGUGACCAAUAAGCCCCUCUCAAGUGUGUAUGACCAUUCCUUGCCCACACUUGGUUGACCAUUAGUGACGUGGAAGGGGAGUGACACACAUGUGUCCCCUACUGGUCCCUUUGUCACUUGAGCCCCUUACUUGCAGAUCCACCUGACUACACUUCUGACCCACUUGUAGGCCCAACUGGUUAGUGGGUUCCCCCCUUUUUCUUUCUAUUUUACUUUAUUUAUCUUCAUUUAUAUCUAAAAUAUGAUUACAAAAAUUAUAAAAAUUCAUAUAAAAUAACAUAAUUAGUGAAAAAUUCACAUUAACCAACUAAAAUUAUUUUUCAUAAUUUAACAUAAAUAUAAGUCUAUUUAUCAUAAGUUAAGAAUUUAAAUAUAUUAUUAAAUAAUUAUUAACUCAUGAUAAUGAAGACUUAUCACACCUCCCAACAUAAAUCAUUACUAGUCCCUUAGCAAUGGAAUUGUAAAAUUUAAUUAGAAUUUAAAAAUAAGUGAAGUAAGUGAUUUCUUCUCACAAAUCUUAUAAAUCAAGGUGUAAAAAUCUCUAUUAAACUCAAAUGAUCAAUUAAACUUUCACAUCAAGUAAAUACUAUUAAUCAAGAUUAUGAAGUGAAAAUCAAUAAAAUCAAUUCCAUGUUAUCUAUCAUGUAUCCAAUGAUUAUUUCAACAUUUAAUGCUAUUAAAUCAUUCUUCUAGCUCAAUAAUAAUCAUCCUAAUAUCUUUUGGUAUAACUCAAUCUAAUUGAUUUAAUUUUUCAUACAUGUAAUAUGAUGUAAGAAAAUUUUAAAUUAGAUAGUUCUGAAAAUUCUGCGUUUUAGUUUUAGUUCUAUUUUCAAUAACAAUUAAUUUGCCAAAAAUAAAUCAAAACUAUCCUCUUUGUAGCUAUAAUUUUCAAAUUUCAGAAAUAUAUGUCUAGGGGAUUGAAAUGUGAGAAAAUGUCUCUAAAAUUUUAAGUUUUGGAUUAUUUUUUCUGUUUUUUUGAAAAUUUGUAAAUUGUUUUUUGUAGUUUCUGACAGAAAAUAAGAAAAUAGACGUUAUUAUUUUUCUAAAUUUAUUUUAUUUUUAGUUAUUUUUACAGGUGAUCAUGAAAGAAAAUAUAAACAUAUGUUCUUAAUCAUUCUACAACAUAAAUUAAGACUUAAUACUUCACUCCUUAACUUAAAAAUGACAUUGUCCUCAAUGACACAAAAAAAUUGGAACACAAUAUGUAGUAAAUAUAAAUUUCAAGUGAAGCAUGCAUAUAUGCAAAUUUAAGUGUCUUACACUCUUCCUCCUGCACUUUUAUUUGAAAAAACUAAAUACAAAAACAAAAAAAAAUAGAACUUAAAAGGACAAAACAUAAUUAAUGAAAUAAAAACCAUGGGUUUCCUCUCGUGUAGUGCUGAAUUUAAAGUCUUCGGCUAGACAACUCUUAGAGCACAUAAGGUGAUAUAUGGCCAUCAAAAUAUAUUUGUAUCCCAAUGUAAGUUUCAUAAUAUUCUUUUUCAGAUUUAGAAUAAAUUCAUGUACUUCAUAUAUAUAUAUAUACCUUGAGAUACUUUUAGCCAUAUAAUUUUCAAAUUAGCUCUUACCCAAAUUAGCUCAUAAAAUGUGAUAAAUCUAAUUCUUCGACUCACCCAUUUCUUAAUGCACUCUUUCCUUACUCUAUUUAUCUUCCCCUACAUGUGUUCAAUUUGUGAGGAGUGAAUAUUUCAAAUUUAGACUUAAUUCUAAUGGGCUGUGGGUUUUGAAGGAUGGAAUAAUUAUCUACUUUAAUCUUAGAUGUAAUGAAUUUAUUAAAUUCAAAUUUUUUCUUUCAAAAUUAUCCCUAUUUUCAUCUUCAUUCUUUUCGUUUCUCUUGAUUAGUUGAAUCAACUCUUUUUCUAGUUUUUCAUUUCUCAGCUUAUCAAAUUUUUCAUCUUCUCAAGAGCUAUCUUCUAAUUUCGGUAUAUGAUAUGCAUCAUCAUUACUAUCAACAUCCAUUGGUGUAAAAUACUGAUUAGAUUUAUUAAUUUCAUCUCCAACAUCUCUCAACUCAACUAGUUUUUCCUCAUUCGAAAUAUAGUUUUUCUUAUUUUACUAAAAUUUAGAUGAUUUCUCCACAAUCAGCUGUUGUUUCUUAAUCUAAGGUUUCUUCCUCAUCAUCCUCACUAUAUUCAUUCAUCAAUCAUAAGUAAUAAAUAAUUUAAUUCAAUUUUUCUACAACUAUAUUUUCAGUCUUAAUAUUCUCAUUUACUUCUAAUGGCUCAUCUAUUUUCUCUAAUGAUUGGGAGUAAGGAUCAACUCCAAUAUUCUCACUCCACAAUGUAUUCACUAUCCUAACAUGUUCAUUUUGUGAGUUGUUUUCUAAAUUUGUCUAGCUACUCUCCUUAUUAAAAUUUUACUAUUGGGCAGUUUCUUAGAUUUUCUAUGGGCUAACUAGGUAGUUGUCCCUCCUCUCUCUUAUUUUCAAAAGCCUCUAUAAAUUUUUUUUAUUACAACAUCAUUUGACUCAUUUGCUACAUCAUAUUUAUAAAAUCAAGUUAGAUUUGAAAGGGCUGAGAUUUUUGAAAUCUAUUUUCUUAUUUUGGACAAAAUUUAGAACUUUAAUUGGGUCUAAGUGUUUCUUGAUUUUGAAUAUUAUUUCGGUGUCUUUAUGAAAAAUUAUUCAUCUAAUUAGGAUUAUAAAAAUUAGAAAAAGUUUUUUUAUUUUUAACAAAAUUGUGAGCUACAUGCACUUGUUCUUGUAUAGGCUGAAAUGAUUGAUCUAAAUUACAAUAUUAAAAUUCAGAAUGUUCAUUCCACCAUGCAUAGUGCAUGUAUUAUUUGAAUUAGAUUAGGAGUUAGGAGGCUUUCUAAUAUUGUCAAUAAGUAAAUUAAGUUUUUUUAAUCUUUGAUUAAUCUGAUUAACCUUAUUUCUUAAAUUAGUAUCAUCUUGAUGAUGCAAUUCAUAAUUUUUUUUCUUCUUAUCUUUUUAUAUAACUCAAAAGAUGCUUGAUCUCUGGAAUUUUUACUUAAAUUCUCAUAAAGGCCAUAAAUCUCAUUAGGGUUUUCUCCAUAAAAAUUCCUCUACAUGUAGAAUCAACUAUAUUUCUAUGUUAUUUAUAAUUUUUUUGACUUUUAUAGAAUUUAAUUUGACCCAUUAAAUUGUCUAUAAUCGCUUACCUAAAAAUCACCAUUUAUGUUUGUCUAGAUGUUGACAUCAUUCUGAUAUCUGCACCCUUAUUUUUCUUUUUCAUGAUUUUGUAAAUGUAUUUUAUAAUCAUCAUUUAGUCUAAAAAUGAUAAAAAAUAAUAUUCUUUAGAAAAAAUUGAAAUAUUUCUCAAUAUUAUCUUACAUCCCUCUGAUCAACUUGGAAAUUCUCUACUAUUUUUGGAACCUUUUAUCAAAUUAUAAUUGAUUACCUUUUUGUUGAAUAUUUUUAAAUUUUAAAAAAAAUUAAAAAUUAGUAUUUUCUAGUUUUAUAAAUUUUAAAUUCACAUGAUUAUUUAUACAACGACUAAGUCACGUCAAUAAAUCUCAUUCAUAUUAUUCUAAAAAAAUCAGGUGUAAUAGUUUCUAAAAAAACAGACGAAGAGAUCAAGACAAAACUCACCACUAGCUAGCAUGUUUGUAUUGACUAUAAAAAUCUCAAUGAAGUAACAAAGAAAGAUCAUUUUCCUUUACCCUUUAUUGAUCAGAUUUUAGAAUGUCUUAUAGGGCAACAUUAUUUCUAUUUUUUAGAUAGUUACUUAGUUUACAAUCAAAUUGAAUUUUUUUCCAAAAGAUCAAGAGAAGACGACGUUUAUCUAUCCAUUUAAAACAUAUGCAUUUACAAGGAUGCCAUUUGGAUUAUGCAACACACCAAAAACAUUUCACGAAUACAUGAGUGCAAUGUUUUCUAGUCUCAUGGGAGAUUGUCUUAAAAAUUUUAUGGAUGAUUUUUCUGUAUUUGGACAAAUAUUCGAUGAUUGUUUAACCAACCUGACUAAAGUAAUGCAGAUUUAUGUUGAUAAGAAACUCAUUCUAAGUUGAGAGAAGUCCCACUAUACGGUAAAGGAAGGUGUGGUGCUUGGGCAUGUAGUUAGUUAGUGUGGAUUGGAAGUGGACAAAGUGAAAAUUGAGGUAAUCAAAGACCUUCCUUUACCCACAUCUCUUAAACAAUUACAUACUUUCUUAGAACACGCAGGGUCUUAUAGAUGAUUCAUUGAAGGAUUUGUAAAUUUAGCUACACCCCUCACUCAAUUACUUUCUAAAGAUACUAAUUUUAUGAUUAGCACUGAAGGAAAAUAAAUUUUUGUGAGAGUGAAAUAAGUAUUGACAGAAGACCCAAUUUUACAAGGUCCUAAUUGAUGUCACCCUUUUGAAUUAAUGUGUGAUGCAUCAGAUUUUGUUGUAGGAGCAGUCCUAAACCAAUGAAUUGAUAAGAAAUCAGUCACCAUUCAUUAUGCGAGUAAAACUCUGGCUGAUGCUCAAUUAAAUUAGACUACGACAGAAAAAGAGUUGUUAGCUAUUGUAUUUUCUUUAGAUAAAUUUCAAUAAUACUUGUUGAACUAAGGUAAUUGUCUAUACGUAUCAUUCAGCCAUUAAGUUUCUUUUAGCCAAGAAAGAACCUAAACUGAGAUUAAUUUGAUGGAUACUUUUAUUACAAGAAUUUGAUUUAGACAUCAAGGAAAAGAAUGGCAGCAAGAAUUACAUCGCAAACCAUUUAUCUAGAUUUAUGUAUUUAAUAAUCUACCUAUUCUACACUCUUUUCCUAAUGAACAUUUACUAAAAGUUGAUACAUGUACACUACCAUAGUACAUGCAUAUUGUGAAUUAUUUGGUGACAAGUGUCCACACGUUGGUCAAUGAACAUGAAAUGUAAAUUCUUCAAUGACCUUAAGUUUAUUUUUAGGAAUAAUCUGAAUUAUUUCAUCUAGGAAUUGACAAAAUCUUGCACAAAUGUGUACUUGAAAAGAAACAAUUCAACAUGCUAACUAUGUGUCAUUCUUCAACAUGUGGUGGGGACAUUGUAUCCAAAAAGACUGCAACAAAAAUCUUGCAAUGUAGAUUUUAUUGGUGACGUGACUUAGUCGUUGUAUAGUAAAUCAUGUAAAUUUAAAUUUAUAAAACUAGAAAAUACUUAUUUUUAGAUAUUUAGAAGUAUUUCUGAACAAAUAUAUCAAUUAUAAUUUAAUCAAAACUUCAAAAAAUAGUGAUAAUUUUUCAAAUCGAUCAUAAGGAUGUAAUAUAAUAUCAAGUAAUGUUUUAGAAUUUUUCUCAAAGAAUAUGAGUUUUUAUGAAUUUUAUACUAAGAAAUAAAAAUAAAAUAUAUUUAAAAUUCACAAAAAAGGAAAAUAAGGGUGCGGACGUAAGGAUGACGUCAGCAUCCAACGAAUAUGAAUCGGGUUAAAAUAGUGUUCUACCUGGUGAUUUUUACGUAAGCGAUUAAAGGUAAAUUUAAUUGAUCAAAUUAAGAUCUAUAAAAGUCAAAAGAAUCGUAAUUGAAUGAAGUAUAGCUUAGUAAAUUUAAACCACACAAAUUAUCACUAAAUGAAGUAGAAAUUAAGUUGAAAGGAAAAUAGAGUUCUGGCAUUGCGGCGAUGAUGUAUUGACAAUGCACCAAAAUCUUGAGCAUUCAAGAGGAUCGUCGUGCAGUGUCUAUGACCUCGAAGACUUUCUUUGGACAAAGACGACAUGGGCAAUCUCUAGAUCUUCUUACAAAGUCUAGAGAUCAAUAAAAUAGGUUGUUGAAUCAUCUUCGGCGACUGUCACCCGGUGGAGUAGAAAAAUGAUGACUUUGUGACUUUCUAGCGGCUGUCACCCAAUGAAAAAGACUUAGAUGGAGGUGGGGUGUAUGUCAAGGAGUUUCAUCCUUAGAUCUGAGUAGCAAGAGAAGGCUCUUCAUUGCAUUCGGUACGCUCUUAAGAGGUGGUGACUUGUCUCUUAGUAGAUCAUCCUCUUCCUGACGACAACUUAUUCGUCGAUCAAUUGCAGAUGAUUUACUCGAUGGAUUCACAAUCUUUUUAUCGUGAAUCAUUCAAUAAUUUUAGUAACAAUGCUUUGUGAAUCACAUUGACGAGAUUUUCGCUGAUGAUCUAGUGAUUCUGACGGCUUAAUCCUUCACCGGUGAUCUACAGGAAAGUCGUGAUAAUCAAAUAAAAAUACGAGUUGACUCUAGGAGGAUUCAAGCCUAUACCAAUUGUCUGCUUACAUGAGAGAGAUUGAAAUAAGUAUUCUAAUACCCUUAUCAAGUGAUAUCAUCAUGGUAUAUCUCUAUUAUAAUUAAGGGGUAGUUUAGGUAUUAAAAUCUUCGAAACCUUUCGAGGGAAGGUGUGAUGAGGGUUUAGUCCAACAUCACUUAUGCGUCGAAGUUUCAAGUGAAUAUAUAGUAAUAUUACAUUUGCAAGCAAUGAGUCUCUUUCUCUUACGUGUACGACCACUUCUUGUCCUAGAGUCGGCUGACUACCGGUGACGUAGAAGGGGAGUGGUGCACACAUGCCUCCAUUGGUCCUAGCCACUUGAGCCCCUAUUCGUGGCUCCUCCUCGACUGCACUUCCGACCCGCUUGCAGGCCCGGUUGGCCAGUGGGUCCCCCCCACCCCCCAUUUCACUAUAUUUUUAUUUUUAUUUCUUUUUCUUCAUUUAUCUGAAAAAUAAGACUAUAAAAAUCAUAUAAAUUCUUAGAAAAUCACAUAAUUAGCCAAAAAAUUACGUUAAUCAACUGAAAACUAUUUUUCACACUUUAACACAAAUAUAAGUCUAUUUAUCAUGAGUUAAGGCUAAAAAUAUACUAUUUACUAAUUAUUAACUCAUGAUAAUGAAGACUUAUCAAUUGGCCUACUAUUUUUCAACAUUCUCAUCUUUUUUGCCAUGGUAAACAUCUCGAAAAAGGAUGAAAUCAAUCAAUUUUGGAGGUUGAAAUAUUUGACCUUUGGGGGAUCGAUUUUAUGAGUCCAUUCCCUUCUUCUACAUACAAUGAAUAUAUUCUAUUAUAUGUUGAUAAUAUUUUCAAAUGGGUAGAAACUAUCUCCACUAGAACCACUGAUCAUAAAAUUGUAUGCAAGUUCAUUGUGUAGAAUAUGUUUUCUAGAUUUAGAUGUCCUCGUGUUAUCAUUAGUGAUAGUGGAUCCUAUUUUAAUAAUUUUUACUUUUGAAAUUUGCUUAAAAAAUGUGAAGUAGAUCAUAGGAUUAUGACUCCAUAUCAUUCUCAAGCUAAUGGAUAGGUGAAAUUGAGAAAUUGAGAAAUAGAGAAAUAAAGAAGAUCAUAUGGCCUAAUGGUAAAGAUUAGGUUGAAAAACUUCUGAAUACACUAUGGGCUUACAAAACAACAUUUAAAAAUCCAAUUGACAUGUCUCCUUUUUGCCUAAUUUAUGGCAAAGUGUGUCAUUUACCUAUUGAAAUUGAGCAUCAUGUAUAUUGGGCCAUCAAAUAGCUUAAUCUUUCCUUAGAACAUGUAGGAAAGCAAUGUGUUCUUCAAUUGCAAGAAUUACAAGAGUUAAGAAAUGAAGCUUAUGAGAAUUCCAAUAUCUACGAGGCCAAACUUAAAGCAUUUCAAGACAAGAAAAUCAAUUGUAAAUCAUUUGUUAGAUAGGCCCACUGGGCCCACCAAGCUGAUAAUUAUAAAUUAAUAAUUACAUCUAUACAUUCAUAUCUUAUAUAUAGAUACUAAUUAAUGAGUAGAUAAUACUAUUAUACAUGUGUUACCAACUCAUUAUGAUAUUUAUAAUAUUUUAUCAUUUAAGUCCUAAUGUACAUUAUUUUAGUUAUUUUAUUUAUAUUAUGAGAUUAACUCCACGACUUUUAUGAACUAAAGUGGUAAUUCUCUCACAUUUUCUUGAUAAUUAUUUGAUUGCAAAGACUUAGGCGAGUUCUUAAUUUGAGUUAGAAGUAAUGGAAGAAGCCCAAGCCUUCAAUCCAAUGAAAAGCCCAAGUCUUAUAGAGUGAGUCGACCUAAUAUGUUUAUAGGCCCAAGAGAGGGUGUCACUUUGGCCUAGCCUAUUUGAACUUAAAAAGGCUAUCAAAAGAUAAGAUCUAAGCCAUCCAUCUUAGGGCACCUUAAGAUGAGAUUAAGAGAAGGAUUAGAGCGUCACCCUCAUGGAACUGGGCCAUCCAUUAAGAGAGUUGGUUAUUAAUCUUAAUUGUCCAUUGGAGGGGUCUAACUCUCGAGAGGAUUAAGGCAUCUCACCCCCCUCUUGGAGGGUGCUUUUUGGCUCUCUCUCUCUAGUAGUGGUUAGCUGAAGGAAACAGAAGGGAAAUCAAGGCCUGAUCAACUACAUUCUCAUGCCCAAGAUCAUUGUGGAGAAAAGAUUAUCUGGAGUGCAUCAAGAUCAUCAUGGAUCGAGUAUUACUCGGCCUAGGACUGAUGCACAACGAGGUUUGUGCAAGAUCUAGAUUUGGGCAUCCUUGUAAUCCUCUACAAGGAUAGAUUAACUUUUAAUUCGAACUAAUUUUAUCAUUUAUUCUAUCAUUCCAUUGCGUUAGAUCUAUUCUCUCCCCUUUGUCAUAUUUUUCACAACUCUUGUCUUCACUCUUUUACAUUUAAUUAUGUCUUUCACAAUCUCACGGAUAUAUAUAUAUAUAUAUAUAUAUCUAUAUAAGAAAUAAAAUAAAUAGAAUUCAUACUCUCAUUACCCACGCUACUUGAGGAUUGACCCUUACUUAUCCUAAGUAGAAGAGUGAGGUUUUAUAAAUAUUAUUUGCAUGAACUUGGUUGCAUCACGAUGAUGUAUGUGACCUCUAAUUCAAGUUCAUCACAAGCCUAUUUUAGACUUAAUCUCUCUACAUUCCUAUUCUUCCUCCACUAUCUCCACUUCUCCCUUUCUCUCUCUCUUUCUUCCUCUCUUCUAUAUAACCUCAUCACUCCUCUUCUUCAAUAUAUCAAUUCUCGGAUCUUUUUCUUCCUUUUGUCAACAUGGUAUUAGAGCCCUAAGGUUUCUCUGUCGCGUCACUCUACCUCUUCUUCUAUCUCGACAUCACAUAUCCUCUCGACACAAUCUCCUGUGGUGCCUCUUUGCAUGCUACUUGGUGCCCAGUAUGCAUAGCCCUGCACGCCUGCCGCACCUCCUGCCGCAUGCCACCUAUGUGUCUGUUUGGCACUUGCUUAGCACCGUCCUGCACGCUCGCCAGACACGUCGCUAUGCUUGUGUGCUUGACGGCACCAUCUCCCCCUAGUGUCCCGUGCAUUGACUGUAGGUUCCGCUUGCGCCGCCUAUGCCGCCUCCGACGUCACAUGCAGCUUUGGGGACGUCCUCUUCCAGCAUCAUCUCAUCUCCUGAUAAUCUUAAUCUAUGGAUCUGGUGGGUGAAUCCUCGAUGUCUCAGGUGCCUCCUUCACUAGUUCUUCAACUAGCCGUCACUUUUCCUCUAAUCGAGUUGGCUACUCCACAACACAACUCACUCGACUAGCAUAUGUCUUCAAUUGACAUAAUUAUAUAUCAUGGGCCUCCGGAUUUGAGCACUCUUGACAUCGCACAACCUUUUCCACCACUUAUCAACUUAUUUGCCUAGCCUCACUGAUCCAUCCUUUGCUUCAUGAUCUCAACUCAAUUCAACCAUCCUUACUUAGAUGCUUUAAAGUAUUGAGUUGAGUAUUACUAAGCCUCUCACUUGAAUUCACUUUGUGCAACAACUCUAGACGACAUUGGAAAACAUAUACAUCAACCAAAUGAAUAUCAGUCACAUGGUCGAGAUCUUCAAGUCAUUUAUUACUUGCAAGCAGGACAUCUCCUCACUUCAUACUCAUUUCAGUUGUCUCUAGGGCCUAAUAUAUGAGCUUGCCAUCUAUCAGCCUCCAACCACUGAUCUCUGGACAUUUGAGCACUACCAUCAAGAAUAUUUUAUUAGAGUCUAUUUUAGUGGACUUCACCCAUCGAUUACCUCUCAGAUUCAUAGGACGAUGUUCUCUAGAGACCGGAUACCUAAUAUCUCUCACAUUUUCUCCGUUGUACUUUGUGUGAGUACAAGCACUCUUCCUACUAUUGGUAACAUCACAUCUACUCAUUCGACAAUGAUUGUCUCUACUCCUCAAGCAUCACAUGACUCUUCUACUUUGAGACCAAAUAAUAAUCGUCUGCCACAAGAGAAGGGUUGUAAUUUCUUUCCUAUAUACAUCUAUUGACAAGUAGAACCACCCGUCCAACAAAUAUUGAAAAUAGUUCGAGAAGCCUAACUUUGCCCAACCAGCUCUCUUGCCUCCUUUACCAACUUCUCCGACGUCAUCUAGUGUUCCAUCUCUAACUUUUUAGGUGACAUUGACCUCCGCCGAGUAUGAAGCAUUAGGUCGCUCCAGUGGUACCAUGGCUCAUUCCUCAGCUAAUCUGACCUCGCUUCUGAGUCUUUCCAUGUCAGGUACACAUGCCCUUCUUGCAUCUUCAUCUUCAUCAUGGAUUAUUGACUCGGAGCCUCCACCUACAUGACUGGCACAACCACCAUUUUAUCAUCGUAUCAGCCUAUCUCUCAUCAUCCACUCGUUACUAUUGCCGAUGGCCAAACUUGUCCUGUCAAUGAACAUGGCAAUACUAUUGUUACCUCAAGUAUUCCUCUCAUCAAGGGUUUUUAUGUUCCUAGAUUUCCUACUAACCUCUUAUGUAUUAGUGCUAUUACCCAAGCUAUCCUUUGUUUCGUUAUAUUUUUUUCUUUUCAUUAUACCUUUCGGAAUCUGUAUACUGAGUUGAGGAUUAGCUUAGGGCAUGAGAAUGGAUGUGGUGUCUACGAACUAAUUUUUAAUGAAUCUUCUUUUGGCCUUUGGGCUCUUUUUGUUUCCUCUAUGACCACUUCAUCUCUUUUGUGACAUUAUUGUUUAAGACAUACUUGUUUUGAAAAUUCUUAAAAUAUUUUACCUUGUCUUUCUCUGAAUAAGUUUUUGUGUGAGUCAUGUCAAUUAGGUAAACACUAUCAUGGAUCAUAAUUGAAUCAAGACGAAAUUCUAUUCGCAAUACACUUUGACUUCAUUAAUUGUGAUGUUUGGGGUCCCUCUUGUAUUCUCUCAGGCCAUUGCUACUAUAUUGUCUUUGUUGAUGACUAUACUUGGGUGAGUUAGUUCUAUAUUCUUCAAGAUUGUAUCUAAGUUCACAUCAUAAUUGUUCACUUCAUUAUUGAGGUUAUCACUUAGUACUUGACGUGACUUAGUUGUAUAUUAAAUCACGCAAAUAUAAAAUUUAUAAAACUAGAAAAUAUGAAUUUUCAUAUAUUUAGAAGUAUUUCUGAACAAAUAUAUCAAUUCUAAUUCAAUAAAACUUCCAAAAAUAACGGUAAUUUUCCAAGUCGAUCACAAGGAUGUAAUAUAAUAUCUGGUAAUUAUUCAGAAUUUUCUUCAAAGAAUAAUAUUUUAUAUAAAUUUUAUACUAAGAAAUAAAAAAGAAAUGUAUUUAAAAUUCACGAAAAAAGGGAAAUAAGGGUGCAGACGUCAGGAUGACGUCAACACCCGGCGAACGCAAAUCGGGCAGAAACAAAGUUCUACCCGUGAUUCUUACGUAAGUGAUUACAGACGAUUUAAUUGAUCAAAUUAAGAUCUGUAAAAGCCGGAAGAAUCGUAAUGAAAUAGAGUAUAUCUUAGUAAAUUUAAAAUCAACAAAUUAUCACUAAAAGAAGCGGAAAUUAAGUUGAAAGCAGGAAAACAGAGUUCCGGCGAUGCGUCGGCGAUGCACUAGAAUCCUGAGCGUUCGGGAGGAUUGUCGUGCAGUGUCCACGGCCUCGAAGGCUCCCCUUGGACAAGGACGAUCUGGGCAAACUCUAGAUCUCCUUACAAAGUCUAGAGAUUAAUGAAAUGGGUCAUCGAAUCGUCUCCGGCGGCUGUCACCCCGUGGGGCGGAAAAACGACGACUUUGCGGCUCUUUGGCGGCUGUCACCCGACGGAGAAGAGCUAGAUGGAGGUGGGGCGCGUGUCAAGGAGCUUCAUCCUCAAGUCCGCGCAACAAGAGGAGGCUCUUCAUCGCAUCUGGUACGCUCUCAGGAGGUGGUGACUCGUCUCCCGGCGGAUCAUCCUCUUCCUGAUGACGGCUUGUUCGUCGAUCAAUCGGAGAUGCUUUACUUGAUGGAUUCGCGAUCCUUUUAUCGCGAAUCGUUCAACAAUUUGAGUAACAAUGCUCCACGAAUCGCAUUGAUGAGAUUUUCACCGAUGAUCCAACGAUUUUGGUUGCUUAAUCCUUCACCGACGAUCUGCAAGAAAGUCGUGAUAAUCAGAUAAAAAAAUAUGAGUUUUGGCUCUAGGAGGAUUCGAACCCGCGCUGGUUGACCGCCCUUUUUGGGGAAGGUGACGCGGGUUUAGUCCCACAUUGGUUGUGCGCCAAAGUUUCUGGCGAAUAUAAAGUAAUACUACAUUCCUGAUCAAGUCCCUUUCUCGCAUGUGUACGACCACUCCUUGCCCCACAGUCGGUUGGCCACUGGUGACAUGGAAGGGGAGUGGCGCACACAUGCCCCCAUCAGUAUUAGCCACUCGAGCCCUUGCUCACGGCUCCUCCCUGAUUGUGCUUCCGACUCGCUUGCAAGCCCGGUUGACUAGCGGGGGUCCCCCCCCUUUUUGCUAUAUUUUUAUUUAAUUUCUUUUUCUUCAUUUAUCUCAAAAGUAAGAUUGUAAAAAUCGUAUAAAAUCACAUAAUUACUCAAAAAUUCACGUUAAUCAACUAAAAACCACUUUUCACACUUUAACACAAAUGUAAGUCUAUUUAUCAUGAGUUAAGGCUAAAACUAUAUUAUUUACUAAUUAUUAACCCAUGAUAAUGAAGACUUAUCAGGCAUGUUUUGACUUGUAUGCUCCAACUUGAAAGGAAGUGUUAAAAUAGGCCCACUAGGCCCACGAAGCCCAUUUUAGACUUAUUCUCUCUACAUCCUUAUUCAUCCUCCACUAUCUCCACUUCUUCCUCUCUCUCUCUUUCUUCUUCUCUUCUACAUAACCCUAUGCACUCUUCUUUAGAAUUUUCUCUUCCUCUUGUCAACAUCAUUUUAUCAAAAUCAAAAGGUUUAGUUGUAGAAUUCUCGUUUAAAAUCAUUUCUGAGUAAACUCAAAUCUCAUUGGAAUGGUUCAUUUGUCGUUUGGCAGAAUUUUAACUCAAGAGUUGUUUUAAUAAUAAAUCUUAAGAUAGGUAAAACAUCCAAAGUAAAUGGGCAACACUUGAAGUCCUACUUUGAGUACAAGCUGUAGGCAGCUUCGAUCUCCAUUAGCCUACAACAACUAGAGUCAUUUUCUAAUAGCUAUUGAUCACUUCAAUUGCUGCAUUUUAUUUUAUUUUGUUGAUUACUUUCAGUUCUUUGAUUUCAUAGUUUUGAGUGUUUUGUUUCAUUUUACUAUUAGGUUGUCACACUAUUAUUUCCACACAAAAGCUUAAGAUCCCUUUAAGAUUUGUGCAACAUCAGUCUAGACUGAUUUGUCAUGCUUUACUUUUUUAUAUUAUUGAACCCAUCUUAUGAGAUUCAUUAUUUAUUUGUGAUUUGUUUCUUCUUUCUUGUGAUACAUUGACGACAACACAAAUUAUAGUGAGGUGAAGUGAUAAGUCUUUAUUAUCAUGAGUCAAUAAUUAAUUAAUAAUAUAAAUUUAGUCUUAACUCAUGAUAAAUAGACUUAUAUUUAUGUUAAAAUAUAAAAAAGAGUUUAGUUAGAUAAUCUAAAAUUUGACUAAUUAUGUGAUUUUAUGUGAAUUUAUAUGAUUUUUAUAAUCAUAUUUCUAAGAUAAAUGAAGAAAAAUAAAAUAAAGUAAAAAAAAGACAGAGCAAAAGAGGGAACCCGCCAUCUAGCUGGGCCCCCAAGUGGGUCGGAAGUAUAGUCGAGCAAAGCUGCAAGUCAGGGCUCGAGUAGUGACGUGACUUAGUCAUUGUAUAGUAAAUCAUGUAAAUUUAAAAUUUAUAAAACUAGAAAAUACUAAUUUUUGGAUAUUUAGAAGUAUUUAUGAAUAAAUCUAUCAAUUAUAAUUCAAAAAACUUCAAAAAAUAGUGGUAAUUUCUAGGUCAGAGAUGUAAUAUAAUAUCAUAUAAUUUUUCAUAAUUUUUCUCAAAGAAUAUGAUUUUUUAAGAAUUUUAUACUGAGAAAUGAAAAUAAAAUAUAUUUAAAAUUCAUGAAAAAAAGAAAUAAGGGUGUGGAUGUCAAGAUGACGUCAGUGAUUGACAAACACGAAUUGGACGAAAAUAGAAUUCCACCCGAUGAUUCUUACGUAAGCGAUUACAUACGAUUUAAUUGAUCAAAUUAAGAUUUGUAAAAGUUGAAAGAAUCGUAAUUGAAUAAAGUAUAGCUUAGUAAAUUUAAAUCAUACAAAUUAUCACUAAAUAAAGUAGAAAUUAAGUUGAAAGUAGGAAAACAGAGUUUCGGCAUUUUGACAGUGAUGUAUUGGCGAUGCACCAAAAUCUUCAACAUUCAAGAGGAUCGUCGUGCAGUGUUCACAACCUCGAAGACUCUCCUUGGACAAAGAUGACGUGGGCAAUCUAUAGAUCUUCUUGCAAAAUCUAGAGAUCAAUGAAAUGGGUCGUUGAAUCAUCUCCGACGGUUGUCACUUGUGGAGUAGAAAAAUGGUGACUUUGCGGCUCUCUAGCAGCUAUCACCCGACAGAGAGGAACUGGAUGGAGGUGGGGUGCAUGUCAAGGAGCUUCAUCCUCAGAUCCAAGUAACAAGAGGAGGCUCUUCACUGCAUCUGGUACGCUCUUAAGAGGUGGCAACUUGUCUCUCAGCGGAUCAUCCUCUUCCCGACAAUGACUUGUUCGUCGAUCAAUUGCAGAUGAUUUACUUGAUAGAUUCACAAUCCUUUUAUCGUGAAUCAUUCAAUAAUUUUAGUAAUAAUGCUCCGCGAAUCACAUUGAUGAGAUUUUCGUUGAUGAUCUAGUGAUUCUAGCGGCUUAAUCCUUCACCGACGAUUUGCAAGAAAGUCGUGAUAAUCAGAUAAAAAUAUGAGUUUUGACUCUAAGGAGGAUUCGAACCUAUACUAAUUCUCUGCCUACAUGAGAGAGAUUAAAAUAAGUACUCUAAUGCCAUUAUCAAGUAAUGUCAUCAUAAUAUAUCUCUAUUAUAAUUAAGGGGUAGUUUAGGUAUUAAAAUCUUCGAAACUUUUCGAGAGAAAGUGUGAUGCAAGUUUAGUCUCACAUUGCUUGUGUGUCGAAGUUUCAAGCGAAUAUAUAAUAAUAUUACAUUUGCAAGCAAUGAGUCAUUUUCUUCUGUGUACGAUCACUCCUUGCCCUAGAGCCGGCUUAUUACCAGUGACGUGGAAGGGGAGUGGCGCACACAUGCCCCCAUCGGUCUUAGCCACUCGAGCCCUUACUCGUGGCUCCUCCACGAUUAUGCUUCCGACCCACUUACGAGCCCGGUUGGCUGGUGGGUCCCCCCCCCCCCUUUUUGCUAUAUUUUUAUUUAAUUUCUUUUUCUUCAUUUAUCUCAAAAAUAAGACUAUAAAAAUUAUAUAAAUUCGUACAAAAUCACAUAAUUAGCCAAAAAAUUAUGUUAAUUAAUUAAAAACUACUUUUCAUAAUUUAACAUAAAUAGAAGUCUAUUUAUCAUGAGUUAAGGCUAAAACUAUAUUAUUUACUAAUUAUUAACUCAUGAUAAUGAAGACUCUUAUCAAGCAACUAAAAACAGAUUGAUAUGGGGCACAUGUGUAUCACUCCCCUUCCACAUCACUAGUGGCCAAUUGGGCAUGGGACAAUAAGUGGUCUUACACACGUGAGAAAGUGACACAUUGAUUAUUAAAUCUCGCAUUACUAUAUAUCAACCCCAAACUCGGCAUAAAAUUGAUUUGGGACUAAAUUGACGGUCAUAGCCUCCCUUAAAGGUUUUAUGAUUUUAAUAUCUAAAAUACCCCUUGUUUAUUAGAAAGAAAUAUCAUUAUGAUGUCACUUUAUAAGGAUAUUCGAGUACUUAUUUCACUCUCUCUAAUGUAGACAAGCAACCGACGAGGAUUCGAAUCCUACUAGAGCCAAAACUCAUAUUUUUACCUAAUUAAAUCAUGAUUUUUUAACAAAUUUCUAGUGAACGAUUAAGCUACUAGAAUCACUCAAUCAUCGAUGAAAAUCUUGUCAAUGCAAUUCAUAGAGUAUUGUUACUAAAUUUGUUGAACGGUUCUGGAUAAAGAUCAUGAAUCCAUUGAGUAAAUUAUCUCUAAUUGAUCGACGAAUAAGUUAUCACUAGGAAGAAGACAAUUCAUUAGGAGACGAGUUGUCACCUCUUGAGAACAUAUUAGAUGCGAUAAAAAAUUUCCUCUUGUUGCGCGGACCUAAGGAUGAAGUCCUUAAUACAUGCUCCACCUCCAUCUAGCUCACCAUUGUCAUGUGACAAUUGUCAGAGAGUUGUUGCUAUUUUUUCACUCCGUUGAGUGACAGCUGCCAAAGAUGACUCGACGACUCAUUUUAUUGACUUCACAAGAAGAUCUAGAGAUAGCUCAUUUCAUCUUUAUGUAAGGAGAGUUUUUAAGGCUGUGGACAUUGCUUGAUAAUCAUCUCAAAUGCUCAAGAUUUUGACGCAUCAUUGAUGCAUCACCGCCGCUAAUAAUUACAAAUUAGUAGUUACAUCUAUGUAUUAAUAUCUUAUAUAUAAAUACUAAUUAAUAGGUACAGAAUAAAAUUAUAUAUAUGUCACAGUCUCAUUAUGACAUUCAUAAUAUUUUAUCAUUUAAGUCAUAAUAUAUAUUAUUUUAUUUAUUUUAUUUAUAUUAUGAGACUAACCAUGCUUGACUUUUCUAAAGUCAAGUGGUGAUUCUUUCAAAUUUUCUUAAUAAUUAUUUGAUUGUAAGGACUUAGGUGAACUCUUAUUAUGAGUUGAAAGUAAUUGAAGAAGUUCAAGUCUUCAGCCCAAAGAAAAGCUUAAGUCUUAUGGAGAGGGCUAGCCUAAAAUAUUUAUGGGCCCAAGAGAGGGUGUCACUUUAGCUUAGCUCAUUGAAUUUAAAAGGGUUAUUAAGAGACGAGAUAUAGGCUGCCCAUCUUAGGGUACCUUAAGAUAAGAUUAAGAAGAAGAUUAGAGUGUCACCUUCAUAAAAGAAUCUAGGCUGUCCACUAAGAGAGUCGAUCAUUAAUCAUAACCAUCUAUUGGAGGGGCCUAAUUCUCUAGAGGUUUAAAGCAUCUCACCCCCUUUUGGAAGACACUUUUUGGCUCUCUCUCUAGUAGUGGCUAGCUGAAGGGAAAAAAAGAAAAUCAAGGCCCUAUCAAUGACAUUCUCGUGCUCAAGAUUAUUGUGGAGAAGAGACUACUUAGAGCCCAUCAAGAUUGUCUCAGAUCAAGCACCACUUUGCCUAGGACUGAUGCACAAUGUGAUAGAUUUAUAUUAUUUAUAUUAUGUUAAUUAAUUUAUAUUAUGAACAUGUGUUUGUAUUUGUUUUCAUGCUCACCUAUAAAAGCAACUAAACAAAAAAUCAGAAAAACUACAACAUCUAUUUUCUAGUUUUUUGUUAGGGAUAGAAGAAAAUAGGUUACAAACUAUCAAAAAUAGCAAAGAAAAUAAUCCAAAAUUUGAAAAUUAGAGACCCUUUUCUCACAUUUCAAUCCCCUAGACAUAUAUUUCUGAAAUUCAAAAAUUACAGCUAUAAAGAUGAUAGUUUUUAUUUAUUUUUAAAAAAUUCAUUAUUUCUCAAAAUAGAAGUAAAAAUAGAAAAUAUAAUUAUUAGAACUAUCAAAUUUACAAAUUUCUUACACCAUAUUACAUGCAUGAAAGAUUAAAUCAAUUAGAUUGAUUGAUAUUAAAAGAUAUUAUGAUGAUUAUUAUUGAGUUAGAAGAAUGAUUUAGUAAUAUGAAAUGUUAGAAUACUCUUUGAAUAUAUGAUAGAUAACAUGAAUUUAAUUUUAUAGAUUUUCGCUUCAUGAUCUUGAUGGAUAGUAUUUACUUGAUGUGAAAAUUUGAUUUAUCAUUUGAGUUUCAUGGAGAUUUUUACAUCUUGAUCUAUAUGACUUGUGAAGAGAAAUCACUUAUUUUAAAAUUUAGAAAAAAAAGACUAAUGUGAAAAAUUUGAAAAGAAAGAGUACACAUGAAGGGUGUGAAACAUCAUUCUUAUUAUCAAAAAAAAUUUAUAAAAAAAUAUUUGUUGUAAAAUAAGUGGAUAAUGUGAAAGCCCUGAAAACGAAAGGAUUUAUACAUGGAGGGUGUGAGACAUCAUUCUUAUUGUUAAAAUUUGUCUACAAGAAAAGUUACUUAUCCGCUAUAGAAAAAAAUAGAAGAAAAUUAGUACAAAAAUCAAAAAUUAAGCCAUGA